GUUCUGUGCGCCGGGCUUACGUCGGUGACGUCACGGCAGCACACGAGGAGCCGUUGAGUGAGUGCUGAGUCGGGUUAGUGGCGCCGCUCGCGGGAUCAGCCGGGUCUCCUGGAAGCAAGCCGCAGCCGGAGCCGCCUCUCCCCAGCCCGAGCGGGUCACCAGCAGCCGCAGCCCCCCCUCCCCCACACACAACACCCGGAAAUGGAGCCCAGCGACUCGGCCCCGGAUUCCUGGGACCAGGCGGAUAUGGACGCCCCGGAGGCCCAGCUCAACUCAGCCCUGGCCUUGCUCAACGUCAACGCCAAGCCCUUCGUCCCCAAUGUACACGCCGCCGAGUUCGUGCCUUCAUUCCUCAUCAGCGGCAAGGAGGAGGAUACAACCGAUAACUCGGCACAAGAUGAAAAAUCUCUGUCUUCAGAAGAUUCCAAUGCAGCUGUUGGGAUGGAGAUUUCUGAGCCUGUUGUAGAAAAUGGAGAGACGGAAAUGUCACCUGAAGAGUCGUGGGAUCACAAAGAUGAGCCCAGUGAAACAGAACCUGGAGGCGGUUUAGGCGAUGGAGGGUCUUCUGAAGAUGCUGCACCAGAAAUGAUGGAGGAAGAGGAAGAAAUUGCAAAACCCAAAACAGUUGUAGCACUCCCAGAUGCCCCCAAAAAAGAACAUGUUAACGUGGUUUUCAUCGGGCAUGUAGAUGCCGGAAAGUCUACCAUUGGUGGCCAAAUAAUGUAUUUAACGGGCAUGGUUGACAAAAGAACACUCGAGAAAUAUGAAAGAGAAGCUAAAGAGAAAAACAGAGAAACCUGGUACCUCUCUUGGGCACUAGACACAAAUCAGGAAGAACGAGACAAAGGUAAAACAGUUGAAGUUGGCCGUGCUUACUUUGAAACCGAGAAAAAACACUUUACUAUCCUUGAUGCCCCUGGCCACAAGAGCUUUGUUCCAAAUAUGAUUGGUGGAGCUUCUCAAGCUGACCUGGCUGUUCUAGUAAUCUCUGCACGAAAAGGUGAAUUUGAGACUGGAUUUGAAAAAGGAGGGCAGACGAGAGAACAUGCCAUGUUGGCAAAAACAGCCGGUGUAAAACAUUUAAUAGUUCUUGUUAACAAAAUGGAUGAUCCAACAGUGAACUGGAGUAAUGACAGGUAUGAAGAAUGUAAAGAAAAGCUUGUGCCCUUUUUGAAGAAAGUUGGUUUUAACCCUAAGAAAGAUAUUCACUUUAUGCCAUGCUCAGGACUGACUGGAGCCAACCUUAAAGAGCCAGUGGAUUUUUGCCCAUGGUACAAUGGAUUAUCGUUUAUACCAUAUCUGGACAACUUGCCAAACUUCAACAGAUCAUAUGAUGGACCUGUCAGGCUGCCAAUUGUGGAUAAGUACAAGGAUAUGGGUACAGUUGUUCUAGGAAAACUAGAAUCUGGUUCAAUAUGUAAAGGACAGCAGCUUGUGAUGAUGCCAAAUAAGCACACAGUUGAAGUUCUUGGACUGCUAUCAGACGAAGUGGAGACAGAGCUUGUUGCGUCAGGUGAAAAUCUGAAACUCCGACUUAAAGGCAUUGAAGAGGAAGAAAUCCUUCCAGGUUUUAUUCUUUGUGAGCCGACCAAUCUUUGCCACUCUGGACGCACGUUUGAUGCACAGAUUGUCAUUAUCGAGCACAAAUCUAUCAUCUGUCCUGGUUACAACGCAGUGCUACAUAUUCAUACCUGUAUUGAAGAAGUCGAGAUAACAGCCUUAAUCUGCAUGGUAGACAAAAAAUCAGGGGAAAAGAGUAAGACACGGCCCCGGUUUGUAAAACAAGAUCAAGUAUGCAUUGCCCGCUUGAGGACAGCGGGAACUAUCUGCCUUGAAACCUUCAAAGAUUUCCCUCAGAUGGGUCGAUUUACCUUGAGAGACGAAGGUAAAACCAUUGCAAUUGGAAAGGUCUUGAAACUGGUUCCAGAAAAGGACUAAGUUGUUUUUCUGUAUUUUUUUGUUUCUUUAUUCUUUUUCUUUUUUUUUGUUUACAUUUUUAUUUUAUUUUAUUUUUCCUCUUGAUCCUGCACAAACGUGAGGAAAAUUGACUAUACAGAAGCCUACUUCACAUCGCCUUCUUAUUUUCUGCCCAUUGACAAACAAUUCCCAGAGAUCAAUUUCACAGCAGAAAUACUAUGUCCACAUUGUCAGCUUUCUCAUAUUGAGAGCUCUGCUAUGCCACUGUUGUACACCCCCUGGAUCUUUUUUUUUUCUUUUUUUCUCAAUCCCGUCUAAAUUCCAUUUCUUUGGAGAGAUUUGGCUAUAGCUUUUAAGUCAUGUGGACAGUUACCUACAUACCCAAUUCAAAUUUUUAUAAUUUUUCUCCUCCCCUUUUUAAAUGAAACAUUUUCCCUUUCCUCACCUCCAAAAAAGACAACUUUGAAAGGCAGAACAUUCAAAGUGUGCGAAUGUGUGAGCACAUGUUACAAAGAACUACCACCAUGUUAAUAAAAUAUUCCAUUUAAAACCCUUAUUCGGUAUUUGAAUUGCUUUUGAAUGCUAUUUUUAUUUAUUUUGAUUUUUUUUUUAACCUGAAUGUAACACCUGCUGCGUUAAAUUUUUAACUUUCCAAGUAACCAAUAUUUUGGCUUGGACCCCUAAAUUAUAUACCCAUUACCCUUUCCCAACAAAUAUGCCAUAUACAGAUAGGUUUGUAAUAUUUCCAGUUGCCCUUAUGAAGUGUUAAUUUUGCGUGCCAGGCCUGGUGAGCAAAGUCUCCUGGGCAAUUCGCAUGUUGGCGGUCUUACAAACUAACUGCAUUUAAGCAAACUUGACUCUGCUAUUGUUAAUCACAAGAUUGUUUUGAAAAGAAAAAUAUAUUUUGAAGUUUGAGUGUAAGUUCAUCAAAAGGCAGGUGGAGUAAAAUACUUGUAUUUUCUAUAUUCAAACACUAUAUGUGUAGUAGAAAUGAUGAGGGGUCUGUUACUCCUCAUCUCUGCAAUACGUUGCAGGUUUCUUCAGCAUUUCAAGGGAUGAAAUUACAAGCUUGCUAGAAAAUGUCAGAUUUCUGAUUUUAAAUGGAAGUCAUUAGUAGCUUUUAAAACAGGCUACAUUUUAAUAUUGACUGGAAAAUAUUCCAGUUCUUGAUUCCAGUUAAGUCUUUGUGUUGUGUAAUAUAAAGACUUGACUUCUUAUCCUUGCUGCUUUAAAACUUGUUUGAGAUGAGCAGAGGACUAUCAUUUAUUAAGCUCAUACGAGUUUGCACAUAUUGAAAUUUUGGAUAUAUGAUCUUAGAUAGUCCUGCCAUCUGUAAACUGCAUAUCAAGAGUUGUGCUUCUCUAGAACUGAAAGCAAUGUCUCUGAGUUAUUAGAAACUACAUCAGCCAACUUUGUAAGCCUUCUGCCCCUCUUAUCCUCAGGGAUACCAAAAGCAAAAGUGUAGUGAUUAUGAAAUGAAACAUCCACUGAUACAACAAAACGACCUUAACGAAAAAUAUGUUAGAAGGCAUGUAUGCUCAUGUCAGGCAAUGCCUGAAUUUGAUCUUAUGUGUUGCCUUGUAACACUUUUUUUUUUUUUUAUUACUUAUUACAUUAGAAUCUGGUUGUAUUUCGGCAACCUAUACACAACUGCAGUUUUCAAAAGUUGAAACCGUAAAGAUUGUUUAACCCAAUUUUGUUUCUUUGUAACUGUGAUUUCACAUUCAUUUCACCUAUGAGGCUACAUUGUAAGGCCAGAGAAAUUUAUUGUCCUUCAGUUUCAAUUGAUUGCUCUUGUAGCUGCCGUAAUGCAUGAAAUGGAAAUAAAUUUUAUUAUGUCGGCAAA